AUGCCCUCGUCCAUUCAUCGCACAUUUGAGCACCAGAUGCACCUUCACCGCAAGAUUGAACAGCUUGAAGACGGUCAACGCAUGUCACGCAUGUCUCUGAUGGAUCGUGCCAAGGUCCUAGGGCGUCGUUCUUCUGAGGGAUCGCAUGAUGAUGCAGAAGCCGUAUUGAUACCACCGCCGUCCGGUGUCGGUAGUGUUCCACCGGGACCUGUUGUUUUGCCCAGAGAGACAUUACCUUCUGAUGUGCAAUCAGAGCAUGCUGCUUCCAUCAUGGAGAAGGUGGACAGCAUGUCAGUCAACAAGGUCGAAAGGCAGUCUGUUGAGUCUGCUGGCUCGCGCAUGGGCUCUGUGCAUACCGCACGCAGUGUCCUGUCUGCCAAUUCGUCACUCAAACCAAAAUCCGUGAUGCAGGAAUCGGAGUCUGCAGUCAAGGCUGCGUCAGUCAAGGAGAAAGCCAGUCCUCCCGUCUACUCAGGUCCACGCACUAGCACCACUGUGCUGAAACCCGGUACUGUCCAGCCUCCACCACACAUACCCACUGCCUCUCGCAAGAUUGGAUGCGUUCGAGUCUCGUGUCGUCGCAAGAAGCAAAUACCUGCAUUGCAACCAAUUCUUCAUGAACGCUGCAUGCAAGGCUUUAGACCACUUUGUACGGUUGAUACGUCGGCGCUGGACGCACAGAUUGCUGCAUACCAAAAGACGUUACUUGCUGUAUCGAGCACCAUUGACACUUUACUCCUCAAAUGCCGGGAAACGGUUCAUUGUGGACAUAUUGCAAUGUAG